AUGAUUUCCACAACUGUUCAACGUUCACCUCUUCCUCAUGAAUCCACCACUUCUUCAUUCCUAACCUCUCCAGAUUCAUCAUCAAACCAAUCGUUACAAUACUUCACCAAAGAACAAGUCGCCAAACACAACACCGAACACGAUGCCUGGGUCAUUGUUCAUCAACACGUCUAUGAGAUUACUGAGUUUUGCGAGACUCAUCCUGGAGGCACAGACAUUUUGUUGGAUUAUUUAGGUUCCGAUAUUACUCACGUGUUGCAAGAGGCUUCUCUCCACAAGCACUCCUCUUCGGCCUAUUCCAUGUUGAAGAGAUAUCUCAUUGGAAGAUUGCGUGAUGAUGAUGGAAGUGAUGAUGGAGAUUUCUCAGAGAAAUCAGUUGCUAAAGGUCUUCGUUCUUCCGAAAUCAAUAAUAACACUUCUGAAGGACCUGGAGCAUUGGCGGAAUCUGCUUUAGGUGCUACUGAUACCUCUGAUGAAACCAAGAACAUGUUGUUGAAGGGAAAGGAUCCCAUCGACUACUCAAAACCCUUGUUGGAUCAAGUUGGCAAGUUAGGGAAGGACUAUUUUGAUUGGGUCUCCUACUCGGGACCUGUUUACUUUAAGGAAUCGGUUCCAUUGUUUGCUAACAAGUAUUUGGAAUUGACUUCACAUACUCAGUGGUGGGUUGUGUUGAUGGUUUGGUUGCCAGUGAUUGCCUUCAUGCUCACACAGAGUUAUUUACAGGGAUUUUCAUGGAUCGGAAUGGUCGGAUGUUUUGCUUUGGGAUUUUUAGUGUGGUUUGGAUUGGAAUAUCUGUUGCACAAGUACUUGUUCCAUUUCGAUAUGUUGGGUAAGAUGGGGUUCUAUGUGACAAAUAUUGUGCACUUUUUAUUGCAUGGAUUCCACCACAAGUUACCAAUGGAUAAGGAUCGUUUAGUGGUACCUGUGGCCUUAUUCACAAUUUUAUCAUCUCCAUUUGUGUUUGCUGCUCACUCAGUGUUGCCAAGCUAUGCAGCUCAUGCUGUAGUGGCAGGCGCUUUUAUGGGUUAUGUUUUUUAUGAUAUGCAUCAUUAUUGGUUGCAUCAUGCCGCUAAUGCAGCAAGAGCACCUGAACCAUUUAGAACUUUCUUUACAAGCAAAAGAUGGCAAACUCUAAAGACGCAUCACUUUAUUCAUCAUUUUGCUCCAGGAGGUGAUGAGAAAAAUUAUGGAAUUUCAAAUCGUAUUGUCGAUAUUCUGUUUGGUUCUUUGAGAGAGCACCAUUAA